CAUUAAAAAAGAUAAAUCUAAGGAACAUGUCGAGAUCACUGUUGGACUGCUACUGGACUUCUUCACUUACUCACUGGCAGAGACGCUUCAACCCAUUUCUCUCGCGCCCGCAAUUCUUUCCUCGCUCUCCUUCAAUUCGUCUCGUCAACCCUCUCUCCGCCGGACCCUUCCCUCCUCCGUCUAGAUACUUUUCAGCUAGUUUUGCUAUGGAAAACCCUCAAACCAAGCCCCCGAAAGGAUUGCCUUUGGGCGUAGAUGCAUCUUCCGAGGAAGAGUACUCUUCGCAAUCUAAAUUGCUCAAAGAAUUUAUAGAUAUCCCCAUUGUUGACAAGGCUUGGACUUUCACUUCUAGCAAUGGUUCCCAGGGCAUGUUCUUAAUUAGCCAACCAAAUCUCUUGGAAAACAAAAAGAGGAGAUAUUUAUUAUCAAACACUAUCACAAAAGGAGCAGACAGUUCUGUUAAUUUUAAAUGGGCUCCAUUUCCAAUUGAAAUGGCUGGAGUCUCUACAAUGGUUCCAUCUCCUUCAGGUUCAAAGCUUCUUGUUAUUCGUAAUUCAGAAAAUGGCUCACCGACUCACUUUGAAAUAUGGGGGCCCUCUCACGUGGAAAAGGAAAUUCGCAUUCCUUGUUCUAUCCAUGGAACUGUAUAUUCAGAUGGAUGGUUUGAGGGAAUUUCGUGGAACUCUGACGAAACUCUAAUAGCCUAUGUUGCUGAGGAGCCUAUUCCUUGCAAGCCGACAUUCACUAAUUUUGGUUAUAAGAAAGGCAAUGGGGCUGAUAAUGAUUGUGGUAGCUGGAAAGGAAAAGGACAAUGGGAAGAGGACUGGGGAGAGACCUAUGCAGGGAAAAGACAACCUGCUUUGUUUGUCAUCAAUAUUAACAGUGAAGAGGUAUAUCCCGUUGAAGGCAUAGGGAAGUCAUUGAGUGUCGGACAAGUUGUUUGGGCUCCAAAAGUAGAAGGUUUGCAACAAUAUCUGGUUUUUGUUGGAUGGCCGUCAGACACUAGAAAGUUAGGAAUCAAAUAUUGCUACAAUAGGCCUUGUGCCUUGUAUGCUGUCAAAGCUCCAACUUCUAAAUCAGAAGUCCAUGAAUCUGAUCAUAAGGCAACUGAAGAUGAAAUUAUGGUUAAACUGACAGAAACCAUUAGUAGUGCAUUCUUCCCCCGUUUCAGCCCGGAUGGGAAGUUCCUUGUGUUUUUAUCAUCAAAAAGUUCAGUAGAUUCCGGAGCACAUUCAGCAACAAAUUCACUUCAUAGGAUUGAUUGGUCAACUGAGAGAAAGCCAUGCCAAGGUGCAAAAAUUGUUGAUGUGGUUCCUGUUAUUAUGUGUCCUGAAGAUGGUUGCUUCCCAGGAAUUUAUUGCUUUGAUAUUCUUAGUAAACCGUGGCUUUCUGAUGGUUAUACUUUAGUUUUAGCGUCAUAUUGGGGAAGCACUCAGGUGGUACUUUCCAUAAACAUUUUAAGUGGACACGUGGCUCGCAUUAGCCCUAUCAACUCAGAUUUUUCUUGGAAUAUCCUUACACUAGACGGAGACAACAUAAUUGCCGUCUGUAGCAGCCCAGUCGACAUUCCUAAAAUUAAAUAUGGUGUUGUUGAAAAGGCAUCUCCGGAAGCCAUAUGGAGUUGGCUAGACAUUUCAAGCCCAAUAUCCAGGUGCUCUGAAAAGGUUACGUCAUUACUAUCAUCCCAACAAUUUAGUAUCAUGAAGAUUCCAGUCAGCGAUGUCUCUGAAAGCCUUCCAAAAGGUGCUACAAAACCUUAUGAGGCAAUAUUUGUGUCAUCUAAAUCUAAGAAGCAUGAUGAGCAUGAUCCACUGAUUGUAAUCCUUCACGGGGGUCCUCAUUCUGUCUCACUGUCAAGCUUCUCAAAAUCCUUAGCUUUCCUUUCAUCACUUGGUUUUAGCUUGCUGAUUGUAAAUUACAGAGGCUCCUUGGGAUUUGGCGAGGAAGCUCUGCAAUCUCUUCCUGGGAAAAUUGGGUCCCAGGAUGUUAACGAUGUGAUCACUGCUAUUGAUCAUGUCAUCAAUAUGGGUCUUGCAGAUCCAUCUAAAAUAGCUGUUCUUGGUGGUUCCCAUGGUGGAUUUCUAACGACACACUUGAUUGGCCAGGCCCCGGAGAAGUUUGCAGCAGCAGCUGCAAGGAAUCCCGUCUGCAACCUUGCUUUGAUGGUCGGCACAACUGAUAUCCCCGAUUGGUGCUAUGUGGAAACGUUUGGAAGUGAGGGUAUAUUGAGCUUUACGGAGGCCCCUUCUUCUGAACACCUUGCUGCAUUUUACAGCAAAUCACCCAUUGCUCACAUCUCUAAGGUUAAAACUCCUACACUCAUGCUUUUAGGCGCUAAGGAUCUUCGAGUACCAGUUAGCACGGGAUUGCAAUAUGCACGAGCUUUGAAGGAGAAAGGAGUUGAGGUAAAGGUGAUCUCGUUCCCAGAAGACGUGCAUGGAAUUGAAAGACCACAGUCUGAUUUCGAAAGCUUUCUAAAUAUUGGAGUGUGGUUUAAGAAGUACUGCACAUAAACGAACGAACUAUCCAUUUUCUGGCACACCGAGACUCUCUCUGAACAUCAACACAACAAUGUUCGGGCACGAAAAAUAAAAGAUGCUGUAAUUUAUUAUCUCGGUUUCACUGACUGGACUGGUGCAAGCAGCAUACCUGGUUUCUUGAAGAGAACCACUUGUGAAUUAAACCAAGGGAGGGAUUUUUCUUUCAUCUUUUCAUGGCACUUGAAAGUUGAAACUGCCAAUUCAAAUGCUUCUCUUUCUGAUGUAUAGACUAUGAAUAUUUUAACUUAUGUGAAGUUUAUAAUUUAGAUAUUGUAAUAUAUUUCAUUA